GGUGCGCUUAUAGUACGUUCGGCGAUGUUGCGCUCAUCGGAUACGCGUUUUAUGCAGUGCGGUGUGUGUGUGUGUUAGUUGUUCGUUCAUUCGGCGGCACCGUGUACACAACAAUAAUAAUAAUAACAAUAUAGAAACCGAUAAAAAAAUUAAAAAAAAAAAACCACCCAGCGCGUGCUGGGCCGUCGCCGCCGUUACUGAAAAUCAAUUUUUUUUCGCUCCUUAAGACAUUUUUUUUUUUUGGUUAUUUUUCCUCAAACCUUAAUAAUAUCAUAUUUGGACGACCGGUAAAAAAAAAAUGCUCCGUCCCCGUCCGUGAUCCCACGUGACGAAACGCCGAGAGAUCCGAAGGAUUACCCCUCCCCAAAAGACAACAACCAUGGCCGUUGCAAAGGUCUCGUUGUGGCUGCUGUCAGCCGUGGUUGCGGCGGUGGUAGCCCAGUCGAACUACGACCAAAUCGAAAACAGCAUCGAGUUUCCCAAUCCCGACAGGGGUUUGCCCGAGUCCACCGUGCUCGACGGCAAGGUGACCAAACUGGACGAACUGUCUCCGGUUAUAUUCUUGAACAGGACCAAGGCGGCUCUCAAUUGCGCUGCCGGUUACAUGCAGAUUGAACUCAAGUUCGAAGAACCUUUCUACGGUAGGGCGUACGCGGAUUUCGACCGGAGCAGUGCGUGCACGGUGACCGGAAAGGGUAACAGCACGGCCAGGAUCGAUUUACCGUUGAAAGGAUGCGGUACAAAACAGGAUCCGCAAAGAGUAUUCACCAACAACAUUGUGGUCAGGUUCCAUCCUUUCCUGGAAAUGGACGGAGACGAAGUGGUGACUAUAGUGUGCAGAUAUCCACCACCCAUCGCCCCGCCGCCAGCCGGUAUACCCAACAAGAUUGUCGAUUUGCCGUCAACGCCACUCGAGCAGCCUUUAAAAGGAUUCCAGAUCCUGUUGAUCAUCUGCGGCAUACUGUUUUUGUCGUUGGUCCUCCUGGGACUGGGCUGUUCGUACUACUGUUUGCGCAACCAACGCGUCCAGGUAGUCCGAAGACAUCCACUGUCGUCGGUCGGAUCGGACAAGCUCUCCGACUCCAGUCUUUCCAUGUUCGACGGACUCAAGAUACCCCGCGCUCGUGCACCCACUCUGGACAGCUCGUCCGGUUCGGAGAUGGCGUUGGUCAGCGCCGGAGACACGUUGCCCAGCGACUACCCUUCGGAGUCGCCCAGUUCCGGUCAAUCCGAAGCGGAAGACGUCGACGGCCGAAGCUUAAGACUCAGUUCCGGCGGAUCUUACGAGAACCGAGCGUUCCAACAACAGGAAUACUACUCGGAGAGGUAUCAACACGAGCUGCUGCCGCCGCCGCCGCCACCGGUACAGCCCAAGUUCGACGUUCAACUCAGGGUGAAGCGAGCGCCCCCACCGACGCCCAGCCCCACUCCGCCGCCUUCCGAGUCCGAGGUCAGCAUUGCCGCGCUCGAACGUAACCUGACCACCAUCUUGGAGAAGGACGAGACCACCAUGAGCGUUGUCGACGAACAGUACAAGUACGGUGCGCCGCCAAAGGUCGUCACUCCGCCGGUGUAUUCGACGGUGGUGCGCAAGGACAGGGACGAAUCGGAAUGGUACAGGACCGAGGAGACGGUGGCCGUCGAGAAGCGGAAAUCGCCACCACCGCCGCCGCCGCCAGCCGUCACCCAUCACGCCACCACAUCCAAGUACAUGAGCGAAAUGCAAGUGGACAUAGUGGAACCUCCGGUGGUGCCGACCAAGAGGCCGGAAAUCACGUCGCACACGGUCGACGACGUUUUCUUGAAGACGAUCACCGAGAAGAAGACCAUCGAGGACGUGGAGCGGCACAGGAGGGAGGUGGUCGAGUACAAGCCAAAACCGUUGCCGCCCCCAGGCAAUUGGGACGUGACCAUCAAGAACUACCCGAACCCCGACGCCCAGUAUCCGCAGUCCGGCGAGGACACGGCUACCGACUGGGACAGCUACUCGGAAGCGUCUUCCGUGGCCGGUUACCCGGCCGCCGGCAUAGACCGGCAGUCCAGGAUCCAGUCGUACAUGGCGUCCACGGCGGAGGAGCAGCGCCGUCAGAGCAUGUAUUUGAGCUCGGUGGAAGUGCCGGUGCCCAAGCCGGACAACUGGGAAUCGUUGGUCAGGGUGUUGGAACCGGAACCGGCCGAGCCCAACGCCAGGUACCGGGUAGAGCAGACGUUGACGUUGGAGGACAAGCGCAAGUGGAGGCAGAUAAUCACCACGGAAUCGACGCUGAGGACGCUGAUCACGGAGGCCACGGUCCGGGAGGACUACGAGCGCAUCCGGAGUGACCCGAGAUACGAACGGAUAUUUGAACCGGAAAAGUGGGACGUCAUCAUCCGCGUGUUGGCGCCACCUCAGCACUACGACCAAAAGACUUCCGGUUCGUCCAGCAGGUACGUGAAGAAGAAAAUCGAAUUCGAAGGCGCCCGGACAAGAAGGAACUCGCUGCCCACCCUAUACGAGUACGAUUCGGAUGACGGAUCUAGCGUCCGGACGUUGACGUUGGCCGACGAACCCGGUCACUUUGGCCCGGCCAGAUCGAGGAAAACGUCCAGAUCCAGUUUUAAAUCCGACAUGGACGUCAGAUCCAUGAGCGAGAUGACCGUGGACUUCAGACGACCCGACGUGCCGGACAACUACAGCGACGUCAGCUCGGUGUACAACUACAACCCGAGGCGCGGAUCCGGUUACUACAACGACGACGACGCCGGCAGCCUGGUCCGGUCGCUCAGCCAACCCUCGCUGGCCAGGUCCGCGUCCGAGUUCACCGAGAACUGGGGAGUCCGGGUCCGGUCCUACGACGACGACCUCAGCAGCCCCGACCAAACGCCCAGGUCUUCCUUCAGGCAACCGCCGGGCCAACGUCUUAGCCACGCCACCGCCGCCGCCGCCUCCUCGUCUUCGGACCGCCGUCAACAUCAGCAAUUCUCCACGUUUAGCAGCAGCAGCAGCAGCCGGCAAGCGUACGGCUCCGGCACGGCACCGGCCGGGUCCAGCAGACCGGGCGGUAAUAAUUGGUAUCCAGACUCGGACGACAACGAACCUACAUACAAAUAACCGCCCCCUCUCCCGCUAAGUGUCAUCAUCGUCAACGCCGUACACAGCCGCCUUCCCUCGCCCUUUGCCAAUAUUAUAUUCAUUAUCAUUAUUAUUAUUAUUAUUAUUAUUAAAGGGUCCGGUAUAAGAAAACCGGCCAUCUCCCCAUUUUUGUUUAUCAGCAAUUGUUUUUUUCUUGGAAAAACGAUGUUCAUUUUCGUGCAUCGAACAGUUAAACCGGACAAUUGCCAACAAAGAUAUUAAAAAAAACGCAUUCCCCCCUCCCCCCCCCGCCAAUGCUGGUAAAUGGGACGAUGUACGUUUUUCUUGCGCCGGACCCUUGUUAUUGUUUUAUACAAAAUUUGGUAUAAAACAAUUAUAUUGUUUUUGUGUAAUUUUUGCGUUUGCUUGCUAUAUGAUAAGCAAUCGAGCUGGUCAGGUGCAAUAUAGACUUGUUAUUAUAAAUAUUCCGUUUCGUCCGACAGAGAUACGACCGACCGGGAGUAGCUCAUUAAUUUUUAGAUUUUAACAUUAAUAAUAAUAAUAUAACUUAUGUAUUCGUAUAUAUUUAUAUAUUUUUUUAUAAUUAAUAACUAUACUAAUUUGUUUUCUAACUAUAAUAUGUUUGAACGUGUCUGUUUACUAUCGAGCUACCCGAUAACAUUUUUUUUUUUUUGAAGGUCUUAACCUUUUUGUCAUUGCAAAUCGGGUAUGGCGAUAAUUGUAAUAUUUUUUUUUGUAAGUGCCAAACUAAUCAGUAUUAAUUAAUAUUAAGCUAAGGUCGUUUGUUUUUGACGCGUACUCGUUACAGAUAUUGAUUAUAAUAUUUUACACUUGUUCAUAAUAGUCGUUAGAUAAUGUAAGAAUGUUAAUUUUUAUUAUUACUUUAUUUUUUUAGCUAAUUUUUCACUUGUUUUUUUUUAUACAAAAUUAUAAUAUUAAAUUUGUGCGUUCCUAGAAAACAUAAAAAAAAAAAAUCUAAAACGAAAAUCAAUUCCAAAACACUGUGAUAUACUAUAUUAUAAUAUGCGACCUUAUAUUUAAUUUAUUGAAAUUCUUUGUUUUUUUUUUUGGGCGACAAUAUACCUUAGACGUUUUUGGUAUUUCCAAGUCAAUAUAAUAAUAUCGACUGUAAAUUCUAUACUUUAUUCUUCUUGUGUUAAGAUUUGUUCUACUUAAUUGCGUCAGUGACGAGUACCUGUUGAAACAAUAUUAUAAUUUUAAUUCUGUUAGGAAAAAUGAAAAUAUUUAGUAAAUAAUAUUAUUUAUCAAUAAUAAUACAUUAUUAAUCGUUUAUACUAAGCGUUUAAACUGUCUCGGAAAUAGUUUGUCCAAUAAAAAUUUUCACUGGUCACUUGUACGCGUUUGUAUUAUAAGUGAAAACUGGAAAUUUUCAUUGAGUUGGUACGGUCGACAGACUAUAUUAAUAAUAUUAUAAUAAAUAAUGUUUAGCCUAAGUACCUACUAAUAUUAACGUCGGGUCGGAUUGGAAAUAAAUCAAAAACUAUAAUAUAUUAUUGUUAUUAUGAUAAUUAAAAGGCAUUACCUCUGCAAUUAAUGUGUCCUAACGAUUUGAUUAUUAUAUAAUAUUAUAAUAUUGGUGGAAUAUUAAUAUUAUUUGUAAUUUUGUACAUAUUAUAUUAUUGUAACUGAACAGAAAUAACA